AUCAUCUCAUCAUCAUCAUCAUCAUCAUCCGAGAACAGAGUCAGAAGCAUCACGACUCGCGCGCUGUUACAUCGAGACUAAUGCAUGGAGAUAAUAUGAUGACUUCAGAAAAUGCAUAAACUGGUGGGUUCAAGAUGAAUGACACGAAUAUGGAUUUACGCGUGGAUGGAUUGGACAGAUGAAGCCACUCCAGUCAGUGUGGAUCUGAACAAAUCAUUACCUGAGCAUCAUGAUUUAGACCUGCAGAUCUUCAGUGACAUGAAGCUCCUGCGAUCAUGGCCACAAACACUUCUCUGUACUUUCGCAUCGUCGAGGGACGAAAUCUGCCUGCAAAAGAUGUUUCUGGAACCAGUGAUCCAUACUGCAUCGUCAAAGUUGACAAUGAGGUCGUGGCCAGAACGGCGACCGUCUGGAAGAACUUGAAUCCUUUCUGGGGGGAAGAAUACACCCUUCACCUGCCAACGGGCUUCCAUACACUGACCUUUUAUGUCAUGGAUGAAGACACUAUUAGUCACGAUGAUGUCAUCGGUAAAAUCUCUCUGAGUAAAGAUGCGAUCACCGCUCAACACAAAGGCUUGGAUAACUGGCUGAACCUGAGCCGUGUGGAUCCAGACGAGGAGGUUCAGGGGGAGAUUCAUCUGGAUCUGGAGCUUCACAGAGACGCUCAGAGAACCGUCCUGCACUGUCACGUCAUCGAGGCUCGAGAUUUGGCUCCCCGUGAUAUUUCUGGUACCUCUGAUCCGUUCACCAGAAUCAUCUACAACAACCUGAGCGCCGAGACAUCGAUCAUAAAGAAGACGCGGUUCCCGCACUGGGAUGAGACUCUGGAGUUGUGUUUGGAUGAAGGUGCGGAUGAUGAAGGUGGAAGCGUCACCGUGGAGGUCUGGGAUUGGGACAUGGUGGGCAAGAACGACUUUCUGGGAAAGGUGGAAAUCCCUCUGUCCUGUUUGCACAGAUCGCCUCUGAUGGGCUGGUUUCGUCUGCUGCCGCUGGGAAACACCGAGGACGAUGCAGGGGGUAAACUGGGCGCCUUGCGUCUGAAGGUGCGUUUGACAGAGGAGCGGAUUCUUCCUUCUCUGUACUAUCAGCCUCUGAUCGAGCAGCUGGUGGAGGCCGUCAUCUCGCCAUCUGAGGUGGAUGAUCCCACACCCUUGACCCUCCUGGAAGAGGUCACGACGGUGGAGAGUCGACAAGAGGUGGCCAUGACGCUGGUGAAGAUCUAUCUGGGUCAAGGCCUGGUCGUGCCAUUCCUGGACUACCUCAACACCAGAGAGGUCCACAACACCACAGAUCCAAACACACUCUUCCGGUCCAACUCACUGGCCUCUAAAGCUAUGGAGCAGUUCAUGAAGGCCGUCGGGAUGCUGUAUCUACACGAGGUUCUGAAGCCCAUUAUUAACCGGAUCUUUGAGGAAAGGAAAUACGUCGAGUUGGAUCCCUGCAAGAUAGACCUCAACCGCUCCAGACGUAUAUCGUUUAAAGGCUCGGCGUCUGAGGCGGAGGUCAGAGAGAGCAGCGUCGGGCUUCUUCAGGCCUAUCUGACCAGCAUCAUGGAGGCCAUCGGGAACUCGGUUUCCCAGUGUCCUCCUGUGAUGAGGGUCGUGUUCAAACAGCUCCAUAAACGAGUCGAGGAACAGUUUCCAGAACCGGAGAAUGAGGAUGUGAAGUAUUUGUCCAUCAGUGGCUUUUUCUUCCUGCGUCUGUUCGCUCCUGCGAUCCUGACACCCAAACUCUUCCAGCUGAGAGACCAUCACGCCGACACACGCACCAGCAGAACGCUCCUGCUGCUCGCUAAGGCUCUGCAGAGCGUUGGGAAUCUGGGGCUCCAGUUGGGUCAUGGGAAGGAGCAGUGGAUGACCCCUCUGCAUCCCAUCAUCCUUUGCAGUGUGGCGUCCGUCAAAGAUUUUCUGGACAAGCUUAUAGACAUCGAUCACGACAACGUGUGUGAAGCUCCUCAGCGCUCCGUGUUUUUACCGUCGGUCAUCGUGAAGGAAGGAUUCCUGCAGAAACACAAAGCUGAAGGACCUCAGCUGCUCAAACGCUUCACUUUCAAGAAACGCUAUUUCUGGCUCAGUUCAGAAACGCUGUCCUACGCCAAGAGCCCCGACUGGCAGGUCAGACACACACACACACAAGUGUAUACCUGUAAAAACACACGUUUUUAUGACUGGAGUUCUGGCUGCCUGUUCUGGCCCCUUUAUAGAGUGUUGUCUCCUUUAUCAAUUCCUUCUUGUUCCCUCUGCCCCGAGGGUCUUUUCCCUCAGCGCAUCGGCCGUCUUUUGAAGUUGACCCAUGUUGUGCUGCGGGCCGAAUAA